AAAAAAAAGCCUCUGCCGAGCUUCUAAAUAGUACUUCCGGUUCCGGGUGAAAGGUCGUGGUGGGAGGCUCGGAGAGGCCGGCGGGUUCCCUUUUCCCCCUCCCCCGUUUCCGGGAGCCGCUGCCUCGCCUGGAAGGGAGAUGGAGCGGGAGUGAAGCCUUGGCGGGACCUCCCGACCCCUUCCCUCUCCCCUUUCCCUGCCACCGAGGCGCCUGAGCGCAGGGAAGGCCGCAAGCCACGGAUUUCUUACCCUGUCCAAAGCUCGCUUAGCAGUUCAUGCAGAAAAUCAAGAGGGCUCGGCUGGAAAACGAAAGUGCAGGAAGUUGGAGAAGUUCCUUGACGAGUUCGGGAGGAAGGCCCAGGAUGACGGCGGUGGAGGCCCUGUCGGAGAACCCGGAGGCUGUCGAGAUGGAGGACCCGUCGGCUUCCCGCUUCCAGGUGGCCAAACAUUCAUGGGAAGGCCUGCGGGACAUCAUUCACGGCAGCCGGAAGUACACGGGGAUGAUUGUGAACAAAGCGCCCCACGACUUCCAGUUCGUCCGGAAGACGGACGAAGCGAGCCCUCACUCCCAUCGGCUGUAUUACCUCGGAAUGCCUUAUGGAAGCCGGGAGAACUCCCUCCUCUACUCGGAGAUCCCAAAAAAGGUACGGAAGGAGGCCCUCCUCUUGUUAUCCUGGAAACAGAUGCUGGAUCACUUCCAGGCCACCCCCCACCACGGGAUGUACUCCAGGGAGGAGGAGCUGCUGAGGGAGCGCAAGCGCCUCGGGGUCUUUGGGAUCACGUCCUACGACUUCCACAGCGAGAGCGGCCUCUUCCUUUUCCAAGCCAGCAACAGCCUCUUCCACUGCCGGGACGGGGGCCAAAAUGGAUUCCUGGUCUCCCCCAUGAAGCCGCUGGAGAUCAAGACGCAGUGCUCAGGGCCCCGGAUGGACCCCAAGAUCUGUCCCGCGGACCCGGCUUUCUUCUCCUUCAUCAACAACAAUGACCUGUGGGUUGCGAACCUUGAAACCGGAGAGGAGAGGCGGAUGACGUUCUGCCAGAAAGGCUUAUCCAGCGUGCUGGACGACCCGAAAUCGGCCGGCGUCGCCACCUUCGUCAUUCAGGAAGAGUUUGAUCGGUUCACAGGGUACUGGUGGUGUCCCACGGCGUGUCAGGAAGGUCCUGAGGGCUGGAAGACAUUCCGGAUCCUCUAUGAGGAGGUGGACGAGUCAGAAGUCGAGGUCAUCCAUGUUCCUUCACCUGCUCUGGAAGAAAGAAAGACCGACUCCUACCGGUAUCCCAGAACAGGUAGCAAGAAUCCCAAGAUUUCAUUAAAGUUGGCAGAAUUUCAAGCAGACAGCCACGGCAAGAUAGUUUGCUCCCAAGACAAAGAGCUGGUGCAUACCUUUGAAACCAUGUUCCCCAGGGUGGAAUACAUCGCCCGUGCCGGGUGGACCCGGGACGGGAAGUAUGCUUGGGCCAUGUUCCUGGACAGGCCUCAGCAGCAACUUCAGCUGGUCCUCCUCCCUCCGGCCCUCUUCAUCCCAGUCCCCGAAAGCGAAGCGCAGCGGCUGGAGUUUGCCAGAGCCGUGCCGGAAAACGUCCACCCCUUCGUCAUUUACGAGGAGGCCACCGACGUCUGGAUCAAUGUCCAUGAUAUUUUCUACCCCUUCACCCAGCCCGAAGGGGAGGAGGAUGAGCUGCAUUUCCUCCGUGCCAAUGAAUGUAAGACGGGUUUCUGCCAUUUGUACCGGGUCACGGCCCUCCUGAAACGGGGCAGCUACGACUGGACCCGAUUUUUUUCCCCUUGUGCACACUUCACCUCUCUCUCUCUGUUAUUUUCCGCCCCCUCCCUGGUCCCUGCUGGGCAUCAGAUCUGGGUGAACGAAGAGACAAAACUGGUGUAUUUUCAAGGCACGAAGGAUUCCCCUCUGGAGCAUCAUCUCUACGUGGUCAGCUACGAGUCGCCCGGGGAGGUGGUUCGGCUCACCACCCUCGGCUUCUCUCACAGCUGCUCCUUGAGCCAGAACUUCGACAUGUUCAUCAGCCAUUACAGCAGCGUCAGUACCCCGCCCUGCGUGCAUGUUUACAAACUCAGUGGCUCCGAUGAGGAUCCCCUCCACAAGCAGCCCAGGUUUUGGGCCAGCAUGAUGGAAGCGGCCAGCUGCCCGGCUGAUUACAUCCCCCCGGAGAUCUUUCACUUCCGCACUCAGUCAGAUGUUGAGCUUUACGGCAUGGUGUACAAGCCUCACGACCACCAGCCUGGAAGGAAACACCCCACCGUGCUUUUCGUCUACGGAGGACCUCAGGUUCAGUUAGUCAAUAACUCCUUUAAAGGCAUUAAGUACCUCCGGCUCAACACUCUGGCCUCCCUGGGCUAUGCCGUGGUGGUGAUCGACGGCCGGGGAUCGUGUCAAAGAGGUCUUAGGUUUGAAGGCACUCUGAAGAAUCAGAUGGGCCAGGUGGAGAUUGAGGACCAGGUGGAAGGUUUACACUACGUUGCGGAGAAGUACGGGUUUGUGGACCUCACUCGUGUUGCCAUCCACGGAUGGUCCUACGGGGGUUUCCUCUCCCUCAUGGGGCUGAUCUGCAAACCUCACGUCUUCAAGGUGGCGAUCGCUGGGGCCCCCGUCACAGUCUGGAUGGCGUACGACACGGGCUACACCGAACGAUACAUGGACGUCCCCGAAAACAACCAGCAAGGCUACGAGGCUGGCUCGGUGGCGCUACACGUAGAAAAACUCCCCAACGAGCCAAACCGUUUGCUGAUCCUCCAUGGUUUCCUCGAUGAAAAUGUGCACUUUUUCCACACCAAUUUCCUGAUCUCUCAGCUCAUCCGGGCCGGGAAACCUUAUCAGCUACAGAUCUACCCGAACGAGAGACACAGUAUUCGCUGCCCCGAAUCCGGGGAGCACUACGAAAUCACGCUGCUGCACUUUCUUCAAGAAUACCUCUGAGGGUGGGCAGGAGGAGGAAGGAUACCCUGGUGCCGCCUCCAAAACUGCCAUGGACGCUGACAGCUCCUUCGCCUCGGCUCCCGUUUUGUUUUCUUUUUUCAAAAAAAUCCCACAUCAUAUUAUUUUUGGCCCUAUUUGGCAGCCUUUGAACCCAGAGCACUCGUCGCCUUGGCUCUGUGUGUGUGUCUGUCUUUCAAUUUUUUUCCUUCCUUCCUUCUCCUUCCU